AUGACUUCUACUCCAUACAUGCUUCAGCCAGUAUCAAACAUCUGCUCGGCUAUACUAGACAAGCAAUUCCGUCAUUCUAUAGGCAAUUCCCACCUACCUGCUGGACCAAGUCCUCUACCGAUAAUUGGCAAUGUUCAUCAGAUGUUGACUCAGCGCCCCAUCGAAGUGGUUCACAAAUGGCACCAAAAGUAUGGCACCAUGGUGGCCUUCCGCUAUGGCCAACAAUUGGCCAUCAGCAUUGGCUCCUUUGACAUCGCACAAGAAUUGCUAACCAAGCGAGGUGCUAUUUACAGUUCACGUCCUCAAUUUGCUAUCGCGACCCGCAUGACCCGCGGAGUCAACUCGGCUAUCAUGCCGUACGGCAAGGAAUGGCAGAACCAGCACCGUAUCAUGAGCUCGUUGCUAGACUCUACUGCUGUCAGUCGAUAUUAUCUUCUAGAAAACAUGGAAAGCAAGCAGGCAAUUUGCGAACUCCUGGGUAGCCACGACUUUGGGGCAUUCAUAUGCCGCUAUGCUGGUAGUAUCGUUAUGACACUUGGGUACGGAAUCCGACUGGAAACAACAGACAACGAUAUUCCCGCCCAACUCCUCGCUGUCAACAACCAUCCCUUCGAUGCCAUCGGCAAUAGCUAUUACCGCGUGGUUGAGCUGUUCCCAAGGUUCUCGGACAACGUGGAACGAGAAACCACCAAGUUCCACAUGAAACAUUUUGAGAUCGGCAAGUCAGCGUCUACGUGGAACUGGGUUCAGAAUGCCCUGAAAACCAAGGCGGGGUCGCAGAUCGCGUCCACAGAACUUGCCUAUGUGAUAGGGACGCUUCAAAAAGCCGGCUUCGAAGUUAUUCUUACCGUUCUACGCCUGAUUAUCAAAGCCAUCGUGCUGUACCCGCAGUGCUUAAAGGAGGCCCAGCGAGAGCUAGAUCGAGUUGCUGGAUCCGACCGGCUCCCUUCUUCUGAAGAUAUCCCUCAAUUGCGAUACGUCAACGCUAUCCUGAAUGAGGCUAUGCGCUGGCAGCCGCCGACUCCAUUUGCAAUUCCACAUGCAACUACGCAGGACGACGAAUACAUGGGAUACCAGAUACCAAGGGGUACAGUUUUCCCUGAUCCGCAUAAAUUCAAACCAGAGCGGUGGAUCGAGAACCCAGACCUUGAACACAGCCCGUUCGGCUUCGGUCGAAGGAUUUGUCCUGGCAGGCAUCUGGGCUGGAACAGCGUUUUCAUUCUCAUGGCACGGCUCAUGUGGGCGUACAAUAUAACUCACUCGUACAAAGAUGGAAAGAGAAUUGAAAUCGACCCGUGGGAUAUCAAAUUGACGUUUACAGCAGCAUCUAAGCCGUUCAAGGCCUCAUUUGAAGUUCGAGAACCGAAGAAGCAAGAGAUCAUAGAGAGGGAGUGGGAGAAUGCGACUAAGGAUCCUGUUCAAAUCAUGGAAGAAAUUGGGCGAAAGACUGAGGUAAGAGGUUAG